UCUACCUAAAUUGGUAGUUAGCCUCUCAAUUGAAGAAGAGUUUUGUGAUUGUUACAUGAAUUGUUUAAGUUGUUCAUUGAGAAUGCUGUGCACGGACAAAGUCAGAUGCAGCUGAAACAAUGUAAGGUUAAGUUUGAUUUUUUUCUGGUCACAGUGCGCUGGAUGUUCGUGAGAUUUGCAGGAUGGGCUAUAGACCGCAGGUAGCGUUAGCAGCUCGCUAAACACGCAGCCGAGAUUGGAGGAUUCUUAAACCCGAUCGCUUCAAACUUCCCCUGUUAAAAUGCCCAUCCAACCGCCGGCGCAAGUUGUUCGCUAAUGUUAGGCUACACAUUUUGAAUGGUGUACAAAAAUUGAAAAUUAGUGCGGUUGCGGGUUCUUUGUAGAACUUUUACUAUGCUGACAUGUAAUGCCGGCAGAGCAGACUGAGGAAAACGUUAAUGUGGCGUGAGUUUUCCUUUGUUGCGCUUUUUUGGGAGCAGAUCCGGAGAGUUGGAAAUAUGGAAGGAGUCAGUAGGUUUGUGUAGACGAAAGAGGGGAAAACGCCCACGGGAUUAAGGCGAAACUUCGGCCUUACUGUCCGAGCGACAAAACUCCGAGCCCCGCAUUUGACUGACUUUAUAUGCUUAUUGAUGAUGGCGGACUUCGUCGUGCCGCGACACAGCGCGGUAAUGGAGCGGCUCCGCCGGCGGAUCGAGCUCUUCAGGCGGCACCACUCCAGCUGCGAGAGCCGCUACGACAACACGGCGAUGGAGCGGCUGGAGAUGGACCAGCAGCAGACCUUCGCGCUGCACCAGCGCUGCCUGCAGACCAAGGCCAAGCGAGCGAGCAAGCACCGGCAGCCGCAGCCGGCAUCCGACCCGGCGGGGCUGAGAGGGGCAGGCACCGGGGGCGGCAGCGCCGACCCUGCGGACAGCGGAGCGGGAGAGAGCCGGAACAGCACUCUGAUCGCGUUGCCGGAGUCUGUGAAGAGGAGCCUGGAGAGCUCUGGUUCGCCCCUUGGCAGGGAGCAGCUGAACGGCUACCCCCCCUCCAAGAAGCCCUGUUUGGAGGACCCGCUGGGCGGGGCCAACGGCACAGCCAAUGGCACGCUGCCACCUCUCUCACCACUGGACACUAAACAUGGCGUCAGCACGGAUGCCCUGGUACCCAACGGGACCCGCCCUCGGGCCUCGGACCAGAACGGUGGCGGGCUGAGCCGGAUCCAGGACUCGGACCUGCGAGUGAAGGAGCUGAAGCAGGAGCCUGUGGAGGAUAUCCUGCCUUGCAUGCUGCCCCCUGGUGGCAACAUGGCGAACAGCAACCUGUUCCCCGACCUCAACCUGAACGAGCAGGAGUGGAAGGAGCUGAUGGAGGAACUUAGUGGCUCUGUGGCAUACGAAGACAUGCAGGACAUCUUUAACGAUGGCUUUAACGAGGACCGCAAGGACCCCGAUCCUGCUGCCCCCGCCCCCCAGGGGCCCCUAAAUGCAGACCCCGUGAGCAUCAAAGCGGAGUUCUCCCCCGCCUCCGCCGCCUUUGACCAGGACCUCCCAUCCGGCUCUCCCCAGCUGAGACCUGUCUCCUCUGCGCCCCCCCUGUCCAGCAGCUCCCCUGUCACCACCACCGCCCCCUCCCCUGCCCUGCCCGUCCCCCAGACACCCCGGCUUCCCCAGGGCCUCCUGCCCCCGGCCGACCUGUCACCGGCCCAGCAUCUGCAGCAGCUGGCUACCCAGCCGCAGCUAAUGCAGUCACAGUCGCAGCUAAUGCAGACACAAGCACAGAUUCAGAAGCAGCAACAGCAGCAGCAAGUUGCCAAAUUCCCAACCCCCAACACACAGUCAUCAUGGUCACAAGCCACACCCUCCCAGAGCCCAUUGGGUGGAGGCUACAGUUUAGAGAAGCCAUCCAGCCCCGCCCUUUACCAGCAGGACUUCCCCAAUGCCAAGCAGCUGAUGAUGCCCACCCCACCCAGCAAGGGUUCCCCCAAAGCAGGGGCAGGGUCGUACCUGCAGGGGGCAGGGCAUUCCAACAUGCUAAGCCACGCCCCGCCAAAUGCGCUGAGCCAAAACGCUGCGAGCAGCCAGUCAGGCCUGCUGGACUAUGCCAACACCAAGCCCCUGUCCCACUACAAUGGCAGCCAGGGGCCCCGAGGGCCCCCACCCCCGCAGAACAAGGCUGCCCUGCUGUCCCUCAUCCGCCAGCAGCCAAUGAAGCAGAAGGCCGGCCCACCCUUUCGCCCACACCAGCCCCACCCCCAGCAGGAGCAGAAUGCUUAUCCAGGUGGCCCCCACAUCCCAGGACCCUCAGCAGCCAUGGCAACCCAGCAGCCCGGAAAUGCCAUGGCAGGAAACCAUGGCAACGCAGCGUACCUGAGUGGCCAGGCGGCCGCGCUGAAGCAGCAGCAGAUGCAGUUCCUCCUGGGCCAGAGGCAGCACAUGAUGGCCGAACAGGAGAAGCAGCGGCAGCAGCAGGAGCAGCAGUUGAAGAGGCACCUGACCCGACCCCCCCCUCAGUACCAGGACCAGCAGAACUCCCAGAACCCCUUUCAGCAGCCGCAGCAGCCCCAGGUUAACCAGUUCACAGGUUCCUCCCCGUCUCUGGCGACGGUGGGGAUGUCCUGCGGUCCUGCCACAGGGGGGCAGCGCAUGUUCCCGCAGACGCAGGGCAUGAUGGGAAUAGGAGUGGGACAGAAUGGAGGCCCUGCCUCUGCACCUCCCCCUGCUGUCAGUCAGGCGGAGAUGGUCUCCUAUAGCAACAUGCCCCUCCUCCCCGCAGGCCAGGCGCAGCACCAGCCCGGCGGCACGGUGCCGGCCGCUUACCGGCAGAACCAGAACCUGCUGGCCCAGCAGCAGCAGCACCACAAGGCCCAGCCCAGCCCAGCACUGCUGAACCCGCAGCAGCAGCUCGCCCGAAUGCCCAACGCAAUGGCGGGCACCAUGCCCAACCCGCUCCCCAACGCCAUGCCCGGCUCUGUGCCCCUGCAAGGUCAGGCCUGGCAGCAGCAGCAGGCCAUGGGUGCCCCAGGGGCUGCUGGGAGUGGGGGCAUGCAGGCCUUCAGUAACCCCGCCUUCCACAAUCAGCCCCGCCUCCCAAAGCUUCCUGGCACCGCCCCCUUCCCCCCGGCAGGCCGGCCCCUCAAUGCCAUGAACUCCGCCCAGAUGAUGGCCUCGCUGCCACAGCAACGGACUAACCCCGCCCUCGCCCCCCAGCAACAUGCCCAGACGCUGGCCCCUCCCCCCCAGCAGCAGAGUCAGCAGGUCUUACCUGGUGUGAACCUGCCUGACCUGGGCACCUAUGGUCAGCCACAGAGCAGCCAGGUGGCCAACCGUGCCAACCUGCAGUGUAACCAGGGCUACCCCGUCAAUAGGACAACCAAUCAGGAGAUGCCAUUUGGUUAUAACACCCAAUCAGGGAACAGUUUACCAAGCUUUCCUGGGGAGAGCGACCUCAUGGACACACUGCUGAAGAACCAGACCACGCAGGACUGGAUGGACGAUCUGGACGAGCUGCUGGCCAAUCAUCAAUGAGUGCAUCAAGUUACCAGCCAAUCACAGAUGAUGUGUCGGGGGCUCACUGACCAGUCACUGUCCAGUGCUGCCUGGCCACUGGCCAGAGGGCAUUAGGACGGACAGGACAUCUGUUUCGUUAGUAACAUUAGGACCAAACCCUUGCAGUGGGGAGAGUGCUCACUGGACUGAGAGUGUAAAGACUCUGCUGCUGAAGAUGUGGCUGAGUUUGAAACCACUGAUUCUCAUCACAGCGGAGGGAUGAACAGUCACUGUGUCUGCCUCAGCCCGGCUCUCAGGCUCAGAAAAACAGACCAGCUUUUCAGUGUCAGUGUGUUCACAGGGGUCAGGGUGCACAGCUCAGGAUGUGGCCAAGGAUCAGUCAGUAUUAAUAACACCGUGUCUUUCUGAUUGGGGGAGUGGGUGUUUCCUGUAGAUUUAGUGCAGCCCAGGGGGACCUGCAGCGGUAGCUUUGCCACAGGACCAGGGUUCUGUCUCAGCCCAGAUCCAGUGCCGUUGCCAGGGCAACACUCAGCAGGUCCAGAAGGCGUUUGCCGUGUGUCACCAGACUGAAUGAUGACAGUCCCUUGGCCCCUCUUCCUCCUCACAGACAGAGUGGCCAGUGGGGGUUUAGGGGGAGGGCUCUGAUUGGUGCAUAAAGCUCCCCCCCGUCACGCCCUUUGAGACCCUGUG